ACUGUAUAAACUUCUGAGUCUCCCCACCGUAAGCCAGACGGGAGGUUACUGACUGACCUAGCGCUCAGGGUCCUGUAGGGGCGUUUGAUGGGGACUCGAGUUGUCUGGCUUGGCUGGCCGGCUAGGGGCCAGGCACAGUGGCCCCUCGAGGCAGCAGUUCUAACACGCGCGUGAGCGUCCGCGAUGAUGGGGGGAGAAACCAGCUGCUGGCAGCUUCGCCCUCACCACCUCACCACCACCAUCUCACGGCGGGCAGGCAGGGCAGGGUGUGGGGAUGCCCUGGAGAUGGUGGCGCCUGCCCGUCUGCCUGGCGGCGCAGGCUGUCGGAAGCACGCUGCCGACGGCCGACAGCUCCAAUUCGCCCGCCUGGCCCUGUGGCGGCGCAUCCUCGGCGCCAUUCCCUCCCCCCUUGCUGCCUCUCAUCAUCCUCUCACGCCUUGCCAGCGCCACGACGAUCCCAGAGCCCCCGUAUCGUUCGGCCAUUUGCCCACCUGCCGUGGUGCGCUUCACCCGAACAUUCAUUCAUCCUCGUUGGGGCUCUGCCGUUGGUUCUCCGCGAAAGACAGUGCCCUGCACCCCAGUCUCCGCCGAGCCCACUCACGACCUCCGCAGCGCACGCGCUCACUAUGCCAUGCCAUCCCAGGCGACGAUGAGGUGGUGGGCUCGUUCUGCACAGCCAAUUCCGUGCCAGCCCCGUGCCAGAGACAUCCUCGAAUGCGAGCCACCAGUCUCCAGCGGGUCGUCUCGUCUGUUGCUGGGUGGGCUGCCGCUGCCAAAGGGCUGGCUAAAGGCGGUACAGGCACGUCAACCGCGCCACUCGAGCGCCCACCGCGCCGCCCGCCCGCCAGAACAUUCGCUGGUCCCUGCCAAGCCGCUGCGCGUAUGUGGCCUUGGACGGCGGCUGAGCUCCUGCUCGGACAUCUGUGCGGCCUGCCGCUGACCAGGCGGCCUUUGGCUGGACAGCUACCGGCCGUGCCUUUGGCUGGUCCCUGCAUCAUCGACAGCAUCAUCGCCAUCAUCGCCAUCAUCAAAUGGGCCGUCGCUGCUGCCUCGGCAAUACGGCCACAUCCCUCGCCGCGUGGCGCCGUUCGCAAAAAGCAUCGCUUGCGGCCGCGGCGAUCGGCGGGGCGUCUGGGGUGGGCGACGACCUACGUGCCAACCACGCCCAGGGCCCCUCCCCCCUUCUUCCACCCCCUUGUGGCGUGGUUUGAGAAGCUUGGGCUGGGCUCACUGACUUUCCGGCCUGGGAGGGGGGUUAGCUGCAUCCGGUGGCGCCAACCCCAUGCAACCCGCGUGCAAAGCAUGGGCCUAACUGCACCGAGCUGCAGACAGGGGGCGGCGAACGACCAUGACGAGCUCGUUCUGCACUCAUGAACAGCUUGACCGGCCAGACGCGGUGGUCGACCGAGCGCGGCGCCGCGCCUUGUCGCUCGCCAUGCAGCCCGUAUAAAAGGCCCAGCCCUGGCCCGCGUCCCUGCUCCCC